CUCACACCAGGACCAUACAAAGGAGGCCCUGGCGGUCUUUGUCCCGCACGGUAAAGAGGAGAGGCGGGUCGCACAUAAAAUACAGCAGCCUGUCAAUCAUUCAGUGGACUGAUCUCACACACACACACACACACACACACACACACACACACACCUGGUAAGAUAAAUGAUGUGUUUUUGGGGGUAAAGCAGGCCGUCCACAAAGCCAAGGGUUGGCGCUUUGAAUACAGUUGCUUCUAUCCCAGUCACUGCCAAUGUGUCCUUGAGCAAGACAGUCUGCGGCUGCGCAUGGAGAUGACCAACACCGGCGUGUGGCUUUUACUUUUAUCUAUAUAUAUAUAUUUUGACUAUUAAUAUUAUUAAAAAAGGAAAAAAAUGUAAUUCUGCAGAAACAACCUAAUGUUAUCAAGAAAAUAUUGAGGCAAAAAAGAGAAAAAAAAUGUAAUUUUGCAAAAAGUUAAAAUAUUAAAGACAAAAAAAGUAUUUCGACGUUGCAAUAUUAUGUAAGACAAACAAAACAACAAACAAAGUUGUCAUUUUGGGAAAAUUAGCCAAAAAAGUUAUAUUACAAAAAUAAUAAAAAUAAUAAUUUUUUAUAAUUAUUUUUUUAAAAUAAAAUUAUAAAAAUAAUAAUAUUGAAAUAUUAAAGUCAUAAUACUAUGUUUAUAUUUUUUGUAAAAAAAUAAAAACAACGCCAGAUAUGGGGGAAAAAAACAGCUGUCAUUUUACAAAAAAAAGUCAAAAUAUUUCGAGAAAAAUUGGAAAAAGUCAGAAUUUGAUGAGAAUAACAAAAAUGACAAAAAACAAGAUCAAAUGGAAAAAAGAUAAAAUAUAUAAAGGGGGGGGGACUUAAGUCCGGUUGGGAGACAUAUAGUUCCUUCAACAUGUCCCGGGUCUUGCUGAUGCAUCCUACCAUGUCCGGGUGGGAGUGCCGAUGACAGUUCCAGUUCCUUGGAAUUUUUGUGGAAGUGGUUUCCAUGGCGCCAGUCCACAAAGUCCUGAAUGAGAUUUCUGAUGAAAGUCGUCCGAGAAGUUCUGAAGGUGGCGGUUGGGAAAAGUCGGCAGUGCAGCUGACUUAAAAUAGCGGCAUGUCAUGCGUGACAGGAAUAGAUCUGACGAGUUAAUGAUUGACGUCUGUCAGCCAGGGUUUGAGAAAAGAAAGAAAAGAAAGUGACGGAUGCAACAAAGCAGCGUACCGUAUUCCCGAUUCCGGGUGGCUCCUUUCCAGGGACCAAAGACCACGAUGAGGACUUUGAGCGGCACAGAUUGCUACGUCUUGUCAGACGCUUCCAACCACGAUGGCAGACCUCAACGACCUCAUCAGGCAGGCUGGAGACUUCGGGCCUUUCCAGAAGAGACUGUUGUUGCUGUGCUCCCUGCCGCUGGCCCCCUUCGCCUUUGUCCUGGUGGGUGCUGUUUUCUUAGGGAAGACACCCGAACACUGGUGUGCGGCCCCCGCGGGCCAACGCCUCCAGAAUGAGUGCGGAUGGACGGCGGUGCGGGCGAGGGAAGUCACCGUGCCCCAAUCGGGACUGUCCUUCAGCCGCUGCGAGAGGUUGGACUUGAACUGGAGCCCCAGUCAGAACAUAUGCAGUGAAGCGGAAUGGCCGCCGUCCAACCGGACCCCGGUGGUGCCCUGCCAUGGGAGAUGGAUGUUCCAUGAAGGCCACAGCACGUUCGUUUCUGAGUUCUCCUUGGUGUGCGAGCGCUCCUGGCUGGCUGACCUCAAUCAAGUGAUGGUGGCGUGUGGGCUUUUCCUCGGUUCGUUCAUCACUGGCUCCAUGGCAGACAGGUUUGGCAGGAAGCCAUGUUUUAUUGCGUUCAUCGUGUGCCUCAGCGUGGCCGGCGUCGGCGUCAUGCUGUCGCCGUGGUACCCGCUGCUGCUCGUCUUUCGUUUCCUGCAAGGCUGUUUUGGAAAGGGCGCGUGGUCAGCGUCCUUCGUGCUUUGUAAGUUGACUGCGCAUGAAUGCCGCCGGGGGAAUGUCUGCCUUAUUCUGGUGUGGUCACGUGCAGUGUUCGAGUUCUUCGGCUCAAACAACAGGAAACUGGUGUCCAUGGUGUGUCAGACGUUCUUCUCCAUGGGGAUGGUGAUGCUGCCUGGUCUGGCGUACCUCGUGUCCUCCUGGAGGACCCUUCAACUCGUCAUGAGCGUCCCUUCCUUCCUGUUCAUCUCGUACUACUGGAUUGUUCCAGAAUCUCCACGCUGGCUCUUGGCUCAAAAGAGGACGUCAGAGGCAGCGAGGAUCAUGUCCAACGUCGCCAAGUGCAACGGGAGAAGUCUGCCGCAAAACCUCCAAGAGAUGAUUCCUCUGGACAUGAAGAAAGAAGUACGUCCUGUAUCUGUAUCUGUCCUGGACUUGGUGAGGACACCUUGCAUCAGGAGAAACACGCUUAUUUUAAUCUACGCCUGGUUUACAAGCAGCAUCGUGUACUUCGGUCUGGUUUUGCGACUGGGGAUAACGGGUGACAACCAUUUCUUGGAGUUCUUCAUCGCAGCGCUGGUGGAGCUUCCCACGGGCCUCAUUUUCUACCUUCUGGUUGACAGAAUGGGCCGACGCGCCUUGAUGGCCGCCACCAAUUUAACAGGAGGCCUCGCCUGCCUCAUUGUGGCCUUCGUCUCCUCUGCGGAGCUGUCCUGGAUGAGGAAAGCUGCCGCCGUCAUCGGGAGGUUGGCUAUCGCCGUGGGAUUUGAGACGGUCAGCUUUUCCAACAUCGAGAUGUAUCCGACCACUCUGAGAAUCUGUCUCACUCACACCAACUACCCUCAUGUCCUCCUUCACUACAUCCAUAAAGCUCCUCUUUGGUCCUCCUCUACGCCUCCUACCUGGCAGCAUCCUUCUAUCUCUCCUCUGGACAUGUCCCAACCAUCUCAGUCUGGCCUAAAGGACUUUAUCUCUAACAUGAAAUGUCCCUCUGAUGUACUCCUUCCUGAUCCUAUCCAUCCCGGUCACUCCCAAUGAGAACCUCAGCACCCUCAUCUCUGCUACCUCCAGUUCUGCUUCCUGUCUUUUCCUCAGUGGCACUGUCUCUAGACCAAACAACAUGGCUGGUCUCGCCACAGUUUUGUAUAGGUGUACAAGGACCCUGUGGAGGAAAGAAAUCUGGGCGUGUCCGUGUGCUCAUCGGCCAGCGACGCCGGCAUCAUUGUGGCCCCGUUGCUGCUCUACAGGCUGGCCAGCAUCAGACGGGAGGUCCCGCUCUUGGUCUUCGGGGUUAUGUCGCUGGUGUACAGCGGCUUGGUGAUGUUGCUGCCCGAGAUGACGGGAGUGGCGCUGCCAGAGACCGUGGAGGACGCGGAGAAGCUAAAACGGAAACAUCACCAAGCCAAGGACGCAAACAGCGUGCUUCCAUGAUGGCAGGAUGAAGCCGGAAGAUUUCGGCAUCCUUCCACGCAAAGAUGACAUGAUUUUUCUUCAUCAUAUGAUCGCUUUAUUCUCAUAAAAUUGUGACAUUAUUGUGACUCUCCCUUAAUAUUUUGACUUUAUUCUGGUAGAAUUACAGCCAUUCAAUUUUUUCAAUUAUUUGUUUCCUAAUAUACU